AUGGUAGCACUUUCAGGUCAGAAAUUUGCAAAACUCUACAACAAGCUGGAGAAUCAUCAUCAUCAUCAUCAUCAUCACCAUGAAGCUGAGGAGGAGUUAUCAGCAUCCCUGAUGGCUUUUCGAUCCCAAGUUUCGAAAUUGAUCCAUGAGUUAGCAUCAAAUUUGAAACCUGGAUCGGAAAUCCUAUCUUUGUUUUGGAUUCAAAGAUGCCUUGGAAUCUUACCAUUGAUCAACAAUGCUUUUGAAAAGCUUACUCUGGAGAUAGAUUAUCCAAUGAGUAAAUGGGAGGUUCAUUCUAUUGAAGAGUAUCUCAGCUACAGUUUGUGUUUGCUAGACCUUUUCAAUUCAAUUUCUUCUUCUCUUUCUCAUCUUGAUAAGGCUAAGCUUUCUCUGAUUCAUGCCUUGAACGUGUUUCAGAAUGAGAAUUCACCAUCUUUCACUACAAGUCAUCGUCAUCUCAGAGCAAUUCCACCUAGCUGUUUGAAUACAAAAUUUGGUGAAAAGCUGUGUGAGAAAAAUGAUAAAGUAAAGUUUUUUACUGGGAAGGAGUUAGUUGUUAAUGAAGGUGUGAAGGAAUUGAAGAGAAUUGGUUUUUGGGUGUGUGGGAUUUUGUUAUCUGGUUUGUGCAGUGAUGUUAAGCCAUAUAUUAAGGUUAAGAAUAUGGUUGGUGGGUUUAAUGGUUCUUCGAUUUUCGCACUUGAUUCAACAAUCAGUGAAGGGUUAGGUGAGAAGUUUUUCGUGUUGAAGGAGGUAAAGGAGGUGAAUGAUGCUGUUGAUUGCAUUCUUGAGGCUUCAGAUGAAGUGAAACAUGAUGCAGCUAAGGAAUUGGAGACAAAGCUCAAGAAAUUUGUGGAGGUGUCUGAUGUUGUAAAAGCUGAGUUGGAUGAUCUUUUUUCUAAGGUAAUGGACCUGAGAACUGACUUGAUUGAUCAACUUGGGAAAAAAUACUAG